ACUAAAAGGCGCAUUUCCGUGAGGCUAGCAAAACAAUCUCGAAAUGGCAGACUACGAUUCCACGUGUGGGGCUACAACUUCAGUUUCAAAGGGAUGUUUCGUGUUCAAGUCCAAGAAGAGACGUCAGCCUCUCUAUCCCGGAGAUUAUUUCAUACCUGAAAGCAAAGCUGAAAGCAGUAAUGAUUGUAAGCUGAGAUUUGAGACUGGAGAUGCCCAGUGGGAGCUUAUCAAUGAUGAUAUUGAGACUUUACAGGCCGAGAUCAACAAAACACUUUUUGAUGAUCUUCUAAACUUCAUCAAGAAUGCUCAGGCAGGAUUCAAGAUGGAUGAGGAUCAGGGAUCAAGUAGGUCCAGGCCUAAGCUAAAGGAGAUCCCAACUGCGGCAUUUGUAACAGGGGUGAAUGUGACCGACCAUCAUGAUGUCUUUACCAAGCUAACAUCAGUCUUCCAAGAGAGAGUGAGCCCUCAUGUGGUCAGUCUAGUGUCCAGAGAUUGCGCAACAUUGAAAGGCCUGAUGGGAAUGGUGGUGUCACAGCUCAUGGGUAUAGAAUAUCUGGCUUCUGAAGAUGAAGAAACCAAACCAGAAGUAAAUCUGAAGAAGGUCCCCUGUACAUUUCCUGUACUACAGUCAUGGUAUCACGACAGUGUAAAGAAAAGAAAGUUACCAGGUGCCACUGCAACGUUCAAAUCGCCUCGUAGAUCAAGGAAACGAAAGUCAAUGACAGGACUGGUCUCGUAUCCUGAGUAUCCUCCUAUCAUCAUCAUCCUUGAAGACUUUGAAGGAUUCAAGCCUGUGGUCAUACAGGAUUUCAUUCAUAUCUGCAGUCAAUAUUUAGAGAAGCUCCCUCUGGUGUUGACCUUUGGUAUAGCUACAUCAGUGACAGUGAUCCAUCGUCUGCUACCUCAGUCUGUAUCAUCAUGUUUGAGUAUUGAGAAAUUCCAGGCUCAACCAUCCUCAACCUACCUCUCACAGGUCAUUGAUAAGGUGUUGUUGACUGCCAAGCAUCCAUUCAAGCUAGGGUCAAAGGUCUUUCAGCUCUUACUAGAUCUCUUCCUAUAUCAUGAUUUCUCUGUUAUGAACUUUGUUCAAGGUUUGCAGUAUACAGUUUUAGAUCAUUAUUUCUCCCAGCCACUGAGCAUCUUAUGCUGUCGCUAUGGCGAUGCUAUCAACAGAACUCGAAACCUAUCACAUGAUCAGUUAGAGCUCUUCAGACAGGCCUCAUCUUUCAGGAGGUAUGUUGAUGGUCGACCUGUUAGUGACCAAAGAGCUCUUCUCUUAGAUGAUAAACAUAUGAAGAAAACCCUUCAAGAGCUUCUGAAGAGAAUGAAUGAGUACCACAAAGCCUUUUUCCCUGUAGUGGAAUGUCUUCACAUCCUGUCUGAGGGACUGCCUUAUCAUCCUCUGGGCAAACAGAUGAGAGAGCUCUUUGCCAUGGCAACAGAUGAGAAUAUCUUUGAAACAGAUGGAUAUCGAGAAGCUUUCAAAUUUUUGAAAAUGCUGGCUCGAGAUGAAUUGAUCAAUAAGAUGACAAUGUGUGAAGAAGUUUUGUCAACCUGUGAUGGUUUACAAGAAGAGAGAUUUCAAUUAGAAACACUGCAAGCAAAGAUGGAGACACUAGGAGAUAAUUGUAACUUGCCUGUUGAGAUAGACAGUACAGAGGAUGAGGGUGAUGCGGCUGGUGUAGAAAGCAGGAAGCAGAAUGGACAGGACACAGAGGGCGGUAGAGGGGCAAAGGAAAAGACAACGCUUCAUACAUUACAACAGAAGUUAAUGAGUAGUGCUAAGAAGAAGAAGAAGAUGACACGAUAUGAAAUACUCAGGAACGAAAUACUGGACUUCUUUGAUUCAUUAUUCAGCAAGUAUCUACUAUGUCCCAAGACCCUACCUCUUCAUGAAGUGUUCUAUUAUAACAAUGUAUCAGAGAUCAGACAGCGUCUCAAUGCACCGCCAAGGUCAGCAAUACAGACGGCACUCAGUAACCCAAACUACUAUCUACAGAAUCCUGAUUGUGAGACGUUAGAUGAAGGUAUCACCAGUUCACUACCUGAUGUGUGUAUCGUAUACAAACUCCAUCUUGAAUGUGGAAGGCUAGUUAAUCUUUAUGACUGGUUGCAGGCUUUCAUCACAGUGAUCCAAGGUGAAUGCGACACAGGCAAUGAUGAUACAUCCAAGAAACCUGAUUCAGUAUUACAAGCACGUUUCAUCCGAGCCGUCUCUGAACUUCAAUUUCUAGGCUUCAUCAAACCCACCAGGAAAAAGACAGAUCAUGUUGCUAGGCUAACCUGGGGCGGUUGCUAAGACGGUGAAUGCUGUCUCCUCUCAAAUGUUUCAUCUUAUUUGUCUCUAAGCUUUAAUUUAUUGGAUUCAUUAAACCGGAAGACCAGGAAGAGACAAAUCAUGUUCUUAGGCUCACAUGUUUUUUUUUGCUAGGCUGACGACUAUCUUUAAAUGUUUCAUCUGUUCUGUCUCUGAGCUUCAAUUUCUUGGUUUAGACUUAUCAUGGGAAAAAGGCACAUGACACUUUGCCCUUAAAGAUAAUGGACUUUAUGGUGAUGAUGAUGACAAAAUGUGGAAGUGUAUUACAUUUGUCAUUCAUAUUUUAUUUAUAUUCAUUGUUCAUAUUCUUUUGUGGAAUUCAUUUCCACUUGAUACCAAAGUACUUUUUUUGAUACAUUAAAAUUAGAUGUUAUACUGUCAUGAAAAGGAAUACUGAAUUCUAUGAAAAUAAUAUUGAAAAAAAUGAUUAUGCAAAUGUUGAUUUUUGCUUGUCCAUAGUUUUGAUACUUUAAGUAAAUAUAUUCAAAGUACUAUGAUAUUGUUACAUUUAUUAUGAUUACCAUGGACUUUAGAAUCUCUAAGCUGACGAAUCCUCUUCUACCACGCAGGGCAUGUUUAGUGACAAAAAAAAAAUUGCAACUGAAUCCCAGCCCGCAAACCAUGGGGGAACUUGUGUAAUCGCGGAAGAAGUCAAGGCCCAUUGAAACCACACAGCAACAUCCAGAAAUCUGAGGUAUAAAUUUCCUAUGUAUGCAUUGCAUGUCAAAUUCAUUAUGUGGCAAGUACCUGGUAGUUCCCAGACACCCUGGGGUCAGAGUUACAAUUGAAAAGUGCAUCAUGAAAUAAGCUUUUGAGACCAAAGUUGAUAGAAGCAUGUUGCUGUCUUCCCCACCUCGAUGCACUACAUCAUUAAAUAUGAAGGGGAAGGGGUGUUACAUUAUUUUACUGGACAAACAAUUAUCUCUGCAACCGACAUGGUGGCGUGAAAACUACACUCUUCUUCUUCAACGUGGAAACCUUCACAAGUUCCAUAAUAGGUCUUCUCCGAAAAGCAUCUAUGAUAAUUAACGGGUGCAUUGUCAAAUAUUAAUGAUGAUGAUGAUGAAGAUGAUCAUAAUGAAGAUGGUGAUGAUGAUGAUGAAGAUGGUGGUGAAGAUGGUGUGAUGAUGAGGAAGAUGACGAUUAGGAAGUUGAUAAUACUGUUGCUUAUUGUGAUAAAUUUCUGGUUUCAUGAGAAACAUUCAUAUUCGUUCUUCAAUAAUUCUUUCCUUUUAUAUCAAAGUACACAAUUUCAGUAUCAGAGUUCGAUAAUGAAGUAGUUAGAAAUUAAUUAUUGAAAGUAAUGCAGUUACAAAUGUUUCAUAUGUUUAGGAUGUUAUACCCCAGUACCCUUUCAUUCCAUUAACCACCUUGAUAUAUGUAUUUUCCAAGCAGAUGGAGCAGGAAUGUACAUUUUGUAAAGUAUUAAUUUUGUACAGAGAAAAAUGAAUUCUUGAAAUAAAAUUCAUAACAA